AUGACAAGUUCUUCUCCUCCAGACAGCGGUCCUCAAAGCUUGAUUUACGUUUGGGUGAAUCCUGAAUCAUUACCAAAUUACGGCGACGCUUCUAGCAUAGGAGGCAAUGCACCUGAAUUCGUGAAACAGCUAAAUAAUAAUACGUUCGGAGCGUAUGGAUUAGGCGACCAGGAAUGCUUCGCAUACGGUGUAGGGAAGGAUUUGAAGUUUGUUGAAGUCGACGUGGAACGAAGACCAGACAAAGGGGGUAGAAUGGAGGCCACUACGGUCGCUGAGCUGGAAGUAACGAAAAAUAUGUUGAAUGGCGCAGGCAUGCUGCAUGGUGGUUGCCUAGCAUACCUGAUAGACAUGUGCUGUGCCACACCGUCAAUCGUCCUCGGUCUAAUCCGUAAAAUCAACGGAGUUGGCGUAACACAAGCCAUGAAUAUACUGUAUCAUUCGCCUGCACCACCGGGCUCGAGGCUGCGCAUUAUCAGCACCUCUAUUACACUCGGUGGGAGAUGUAUGACUUCUCGCUGCGAAGUUAUAGACCAGCGAAGUGGGCGAUUGAUCGCAUCCGCAUUCCUCAACAAGAUGCAACCCAACAUGGCCAGGUUGUGA